AUGAGUUCAGUGAGUCAGAGAGCUUUCUUCUCCUCGAUGACGAGAAGCUCCACUAUUGGUCUGAGAGGAUCUUUUGCAUGGUCAUCACCAUCAUUGUUUGCAUGUAAAACUCCAAACUCCAAUUAUUAUUAUAACUUAUUCAAUGUUCGGAAUGGAAGAACUAAUUUAAUGAAUUUUUGUCUUCUCGGAGAGGAACGACGUUUGAAUUUUUCAACUUUAUUAAAUUAUCAGCUCGAUGAUGCAUCGCAACAGUCGCCGACAAUUCAGCAACAAGAUAAAGAGAUUAAACAGGCCAAAAAUUUAUUUAAAGAAGGGUUUACUGAAUUUGAAAACAAACAGUACCUCAAGAGUUAUGAGUUAUUUAUCAAAGCCUUCAUCAUUUAUGAUAAAUAUCACAUGUUAAACAGGGACAUUAAAAAUAAUGAUCCACUUGAUACGGUUGAGAAUCUUUUAGCACUUGCUGUUGGAUUGAACAAUUUUGCAGAGACACUCAGAUACAUGGCAAAAUCUGGUAUUGUUGCUCCGACACUUGCAAAGCUUGGAUUGAAGGCUCCAUCAUCAUCGACUGGAACAGCAGCUCCACUUGUCUAUACAUCGAAGGAUUCUAUGAAAUUUUACACUCAAGCUGAACAAUUAUAUGAUCAAUAUUAUGCCUAUCUCAAUAACGUUCUACCUAGUGAUGUAGAGAGAAAACGAUUGGAGCUUCAACUGUGGAGAGGUACACUUUACAAUAACGUUGGACUGUAUUUCAUGGAAAAUAGAAAGGAUUUUUUCACAGCAACCAAAUGGUUUGAAAGAAGCGCUACUGAAAGAGGAAAGCUUGUACUAGCUCUUGAAGAGUUGGAAAAGAAGUCACCAACUGAGAAUUCGGCUAUGGCUGAAACAAACAAUUUCGGAGAAUCAGUCGACCCCUUGAAUUCGAAUGAUCAAAGAAUUCAUCAUGCAAUUACAAGAAAUAAUAUUGCUCAAUGCUACUCAAAUUCAAAGCAAAUAACUCUUGCCUUAGAAAGUUAUAAUUACGCAUUGAAGGUGUUUGAGGAAAUGAAAGCAAAAAUGAAGGAAAAGAAUAUGGACACCAAAACUCCAGAAUCCAAAAACACCAUUGCCAAUAGAUUGCAUGUGAUUGUGCUGAAUAACAUGGGACUCAUGUAUCACGACAUGGGAAAAUAUGAACAGUCUUUGGUAUACUUUACUGAAGCGUUCCACAUGUUUACUGGAGGGCCUGUUAUUGGAGAAAAAUUAGGAGAAGAAGGUCUAAUUGUCAAUAACGCGUAUGGAACAUCAUAUUUCGGUGAAGAAUUAGGAGUCACUCUUAGCAACAUGGGAACAUGCCUAUUCAUGCUUGGAAGAUAUCGAGAAUGUGAACAAUUCUACACACAAGCCGCUCAACUGUUUGAUGCCAUCUACACAAACACACCAAAUCACAAAAAUAUUGCACAAAUUAGUCUACAAUUAGCUCUCUGCUUGAAACAAAAACACUCUGCUAAGGAAGGAGAAAAACCCAAUAGAGACAUGCUGGCUGCAGCAACCUCUCUUGCAUUGGCAAAACAAGAUGCUUCCUACUUUAUCAAAAUUGAUGAAUCUUCCUCCGAAGAAAAGAUUGCAGAUGAGAAAUUAGUUCGUUCCUUAUUGGAGAAGGCUCGAAAGAUUACACUCACCCUCAAUGAGGCCAAUGUAGAGGCAGCAGAAAGUGCUAAAAAGUCUUCCAUGUUUUCCAAGAUGUUUGGAAAGAAAAAGUAA